AUGGAUACCCUUAAUAUCGGAGGAAAUGAAAGCGAUCGAUUUUAUCGGUAUAAAAUGCCCAAACUUAUUUCAAAGAUCGAAGGCAAAGGCAAUGGAAUCAAGACCGUUGUCCCUAACAUGUCCGAUAUCGCACGCUCCUUGAGUCGACCACCAACUUACCCAACUAAAUUUUUUGGUUGUGAACUUGGGGCUCAGGUUAAUUGCGAUGAAAAGAAAGAUCGUUUCAUUGUAAAUGGUGCACAUGAAGCGACAAGACUUCAAGAAUUACUCGAUAUAAUUAUCGGUAAAAAUGCAAAUACUCAAAAAGUCAUCCGUGAUUGCAAAGCCUGUGGUCGAAGAACCGAAGUCGAUAUGCGUCACAAACUUGUUACUUACAUCUUGAAACAUCCACCAACUUCACCUAAAGAUUCUGCAGAAGGUUCUGAUGAUGAGCUUACUAAACGUAUUGUUGCUGAAGCUUCCGAGCUCCCUAUUGCCGAUAAAAAUGCCAAUGAUGAUGAUUGGGCUGUCGAUACUUCUCCAGAAGCUGUCGCCGAACGUAUCAAAGAUUUAGAGCGAGAUGUUAAAACUUCUCUCAUCAUUGAUGAUGAUUCCGAAGGAGAACAAGAACCUUACGAGAUGCUUGACGAGUGGUUGGAAGAUAACAAUGAAGCUAAAAACAAUGAUGUUUACAAGAAAAUUAAAGAACUUGGUAUUUCGAAAGAAACCGACAUGGUCUUGAAAUGCCUUGUUCUUAACCUCUUUCCUGACAACUUUCAGAAAAAUGGUAAUAUUGAGAAGCAAAUUCAUAAGAGGGCGAAGCUUUUUCAAAAGUUUGUUACAAGUUUGGACGAUCAACUUACAUUAUUGGGAGCUACUGAAGAACUACUUAAUGAACAUAAAGAAUUAAUGGAAAGCAAAACUGUGUGUAAAAUUUUAAUGGGUUACUAUCAGAGCGAAUUAGUUGAGGAAGAUGUCAUUCAAGCUUGGAUUGAAGGCAGUGAUUCUGACAAAUUCAAAAGUCUAUUCAAGAGAAAUGCUUCCGUUACUUGCGCUGAUGAAGCCAUUAAUCAAGAUAUUCGAAAUAAGGCUAAACCUUUUGCGAAAUGUUAA